AUGCCAACCGUUUUUUAUUUUUGUAUUUAUUUAAUUUAUUGUCCAAUGUCUUGUUCACAAUACAGAGUAUACAUCGAUCAUCCACUGCCCAAACAGAUAAUAUCAGUUACCUCAUUCGAGCGUCACAUUAAGGUAAAAAGUGAAUUUUUAUAUCAGCAACAAACAAAACAAACCAAAACGGCAAAAGAGGAGGAUGAAGAGAGAGAAAAAAAAAGUCUUUUCAAUUUAUUCAUCACAAUCAUCACAUGUGACGAUUUACAACUACUACUUUGUUGUUGUCAAGAUAUAUAUACCUACAGAGUCAGAGAGAGAGAGAUAGAUGUAUUACUCAAGGAGGAGAGGAGGGGAAGAGAGUGCGCUAUGAGAAGUGUAGUAGCAACUCAAUUUUAA